AUGCAUAUUUUGAAACCCAAGCGCGCAACACCCGAAGUCAUGAGCUCAUUUCAUACGGACGAAUACGUAAACUUUCUACACAAAGUCACCCCCGAGACUGCUGAGAAAAUGACCUAUCAUGGGACGCGAUUUCUCGUUGGUGAAGAUAAUCCUGCAUUUGAAGGGGUGUUUGAAUUUUGCUCGAUUUCGGCGGGAGGCUCUAUUGGUGCUGCACAACGAAUAACUUCAGGAGCAGCAGACAUCGCGAUUAACUGGGCUGGAGGACUGCAUCACGCUAAAAAACGGGAGGCAUCUGGAUUUUGCUAUAUCAACGAUAUCGUCCUUGGAACACUGGAACUUCUCAGAACAUACCCACGAGUUUUGUACAUCGAUAUCGACUGCCAUCAUGGAGACGGAGUAGAAGAAGCUUUUUACACGACGGACCGUGUUAUGACAUGUAGUUUUCACAAAUUUGGAGAAUACUUUCCUGGGACGGGAAGUCAGGACGACAGAGGGCGCGGGAAGGGGAAAGGAUACGCGGUAAAUGUACCAUUCAAAGAUGGCAUAACGGAUGAAUCUUUCAAAAGCGUUUUUGAACCGGUCAUUACACGAGUACUCGAAGUCUUUCGCCCGUCCGCUGUGGUGCUGCAGUGUGGAUCAGAUUCAUUAGCUGGGGACAAACUGGGCUGCUUCAAUCUCACUAUGAAGGGGCAUGCAAACUGUGUCCAAUUCCUACGAAAACAAAACAUUCCCUUGAUUUUGCUCGGCGGUGGGGGUUAUACUGUCAAAAAUGUUGCCCGAACAUGGACAUAUGAAACAGCAUGUGCACUCGGAAUCGAAAAUGAGAUUGACCCUAACUUGCCAUGGAACCAAUAUUUCGAGUGGUUCGGUCCUCGCUAUCGAUUGGAGGUGCCUGAGAAUAAUAUGGAGGAUCUUAAUGUGAAGGAAGGCACGCUCGAUUCUGUUCGGGAAGCCGUAUUGGAACAGUUGCAGCAGCUACAAUGUGCACCCUCGGUACAAAUGCAAGACGUUCCGCGCGAGAGUGUUAGACAACAUCUAGGCUUUGGGAGAGAUGAUGAGGCUGGGCGAGAUGAGUUGGACGAAAAACUUGCCCAACAUGCUCGUUAUCUAUAUAACCUCCAGGAAACCGAUACAACGACGGACGAAUCCGAAGAAUCUGAUUUCUGGGACUCGGAUGAAUCCUCUACGAGCGCCAACUGGCGAAAUGGCUCUCGUCGGUCGGGUUCCGUUUCUCGCGUCAACGGUCGGCAUUCAAGUCUACAACCCCAAUACAGGGCCGACGCUGAAAAGAGGCGUAUGAGUUUACUGACUGGGAAAUAUUACGACAUACCGACACAUGAGGAUGAGUACGCGCAUUACGAGUGUGGCUCUGCGCCGAACAAGUCGACGAAACGGAGGUUCUUCAGUGGGCCAGCGGGCGGAGGCUGGGAUGAUUUCGGGGGAGUCGAUUCUCGCGUCAACGCACGCAGUAGGAUGGCCAAUGGUUUCCGAAACGGAUUUCUUCUCACUACGCCCUUCAUGGACACUAGACAUGGUGAAGACGGCGAAGACGAUGAUAAUUACGAAGAAAUGCUGGUAGACCCUUGA